AUGGGUGCGUCGGCGCUUGCGUUGCUGAUCGUCGGAGUCACAUUGACGCUUGCAGUAGAUCCUCAGGGAUGUACAUAUGAUUCUACAACUAAAGAGUACAACUGCAAUGCCCGUAGCUGGUCUCUCCCCCUGGUGUACUCGGACUUCGACAACGUACCACAGGUACUGAAGUUGAUCGAGAUUGACGGAGCGCUUUCUUAUACAGGACCAGCAACUUUUUCUGGAUUUGAAAACGUAAAUACGGCACUGUUCGAUGGUAACAUCGUACCCGCUCUCCACUUGCGAUGCGUUGCCGGUGGAUCGCUUAUCAUAUAUAACGGAACUUUUGCCAAUAUGGAUUGGGUGAAUGAACUGCGUAUCUUCGACUGUAUGAUCCUUUCCAUCCCUGAUGAUGUCUUCAGUAGUUUCGGAACACUCAAUUACUUCAGCAUUGAUGGAGGGUCCAUCAGUAAUAUGGGGUUCAACUCCUUCAACGGAGUCAACAUAGAGAGAAUGAACAGCGUCCCGGAACCAUUAGGUUUGCUAGCUUUCCGGAACACUCAGAUAACAUCUGGCGCUCUUCCGAAUGGCGCCCUGUAUUCGCUGUCGAAUGUUUCUACGAUAAUCCUAGAUAACACCCACAUGCGAGUUGUACAGAAAGACAUGUUCCAAGCCUCUACCAAGGUGUCUCACAUCUCGAUGAAAAACAAUCCCUUCAUUGCUCUUCCUGCAGACAUGUUCGAUAAGACUACAUCACUGACGACUCUUGAGAUUUCAGGGAUAGACUGGGUCUGCACGUGCCCUAACUUGUGGAUCUGGACUUUCCUUUCCUCACACAAUGUUUCCCUGUUUGGGGAUAUUGUCUGUGCGAGCCCCACAGCUAAUUUAAGAGCAUCCGAAUAUUAUAACCAGCAGUGUGACACAACAUCUCCUUGUGGAGAAAAUACAGGUGUCGUCAUUGGUACUUACUGCUACUUGAUUGCUGACAUCGUGUUCCACGGCGUUCUACUCAUCACGUUUAUCAUUGCUCUGAUAGCCUUCGCAAUGAUUGUCCAUCUCAAACGACAGAUGCCCGACUCGAAACCGGGAGACAAACAACGACCGGACAGGGGAAAGGGGAAAACAAGCUGCUCCAGUGGGAAAAAGAGGGCCGGGUCCAGGAAGGACGAAUCUGUGGUUUGA